GCUGUUCCCGCGGCGUUCGGCUGCUGAAUGACUGGGGUCGUUUGUGAAUUAACCUCCGAUUGUUUCCGGACGUUCCAUGUUUCGUCCGAAGAGGACGAAAGUUACAAAUGACUACAAGAUUACUGGCUCCGUUCUGGGUACGGGUGUCAGUGGGAAAGUCCUCAAAUGUGUCCAGCUUCGCACUGGCACCACUUACGCUUUGAAGAUCUUAGAAGACUCGUUCGCCUCCAGACGUGAGGUUGAACUACAUUGGCGUGCCUCGGCCUGUCCCAACGUAGUCCGAGUGGUUGAUGUAUAUGAGAACAACAAUGAGCACACAUCCAAGAAGUACCUACUUAUGGUAAUGGAGUGCAUGGAAGGAGGCGAACUGUACAGCCGAAUCAAAUCCCGCAGCUCUUUCACUGAGUCCGAAGCUGCACGAAUUGUCCAUCAGAUUGCAUCGGCCAUUCACCAUUUGCACACGAAGAGUAUCGCACAUCAAAACCUCCUCUUCGCCUCCAAAGAUCCUAAUUCCCCACUAAAACUGACGGACUUUGGCUUUGCUCGGGAAGUGACAAUGGCGAAUUCGUUAAAAACCCCUUGCUAUACCCCUUACUAUGUUGCGCCCGAAAUCCUCAACCGAGUGAAUUAUGACAAAUCUUGUGACUUAUGGUCGCUCGGUGUGAUCACCUACAUUUUAUUGUGUGGAUUUCCUCCUUUUUACAGCAAAAAUGGUGCGCCCAUUUCUCCGUGUAUGCAAAGGAAUAUUAUUUAUGGCAACUACGAUUUCCCCGCCUCUCAUUGGGCACAUGUUUCCAAUGAAGCCAAGGACCUCAUCAGCCGCUUGUUGCUUACUGAACCAGAAAGGCGUCUCUCAAGUGCUCAAGUGAUGCAGCACCCUUGGGUCGCCAAGUAUACAUCCGUACCUGACACACCUUUGACCACUACUCAGUUCCUAUCCACCACCGUGUGGGAACACGUGAAUGAUGCUAUGACCAAGGAAUUGAGGACUAUGCGACUGGACGUGGAGAACGUGCCUCAUCUACUGCCCGUCGAGCAGGCGAAGAAUCCGCUCCUAACAAAGCGAAAACUCAAGCAAGAUGUCGAUAGGAACAAAUAAAGUUGUUGGUCUACAUCCUAGUUUUAUCCACCGCCAAGCGCCUUCAUUCAUACCAGUCAACACUUCCUUUUGGAUUUUUUGUAUUACCAUAUGCAUUUUUUGACUAGCUCCUGUUCAGUUACUGCUUCCGGUCGUGUAAGAAAUAAA